UUUAAAUUGAUACUCUUUAACCAAGUUUUUUUGUAGCCAAUUGGUCAAUUCUUCUAAGUUUUUUAGAAAAUGGCAACCGUGGAAGAAAUAAGCAAUGAAGUGAUUAAUACCAUAUUUUCUGUGUUUGGCACUCUACAAAAUGCAGAAGAUUCAAUUAUUAAAUAUGAGAUGCAAACAUCCUCAAAAUUUUCAACGUUUAAAAAAGAUAAAACUUUUAGCGUAAAGGAUUUUGAGUUGAAAAACCACAAAAUACUUUUUGAAGAUAAAAAGAAUAAAUUUCGCCCUAGUCAGCAAAUUAUGUUUAGUGGAGUUCCGUUUAUAAUUGUUGGUUCAAAACAUCUUGAUUGUACUCAUGGAGUCAAUCAUACUAUAUCGCGGAAAAUGAGAAAUCAAGCAGAAAAACUGAAGGCAAAAGAUACUGUUAAUAGUGCCACAAUGUAUGCUAAAAGUCGUUUUUUGUCCCAAGAUACAAAGAAAAUGAAUUGCCCUGCAAAAAUUACAAUAAGAGAUGUGGUUUAUUUUCCAGAUUUUAAAGCAGAAGCUAACACUGAACGCCGAAAGCGUACUGUCGCUGAAAAACUGAAGGAGGACUGGAGCAACAAAAAAGAAACAUUUAAUUUUGAUAGAAAAAUUGUUGUUAAUUUUCCCUUAGAAGACGAACACAAAGGUCAUUUAGUUGGAAAAGUAAUUUUUUUUUUUUUCUGAAAUUUUAAACAAAAUCUUUAAAAAGUCAAAUAUGGUUACCAACCCUCAGAUUUAGUUUCAGCACUCUGCAAUGCUGAACUAUCUGCUGAUCUGACUUCAACCUCUUUUGUUGACUUUGUUUCUAUAUUAUUGUAUUUUGUGCCUUCUAGAAGACCACCAAAA